ACUGCAAAGUAGGAUUAUUCCGCGUAAUGUAGAAGAGCAGGUGGAUGAAAAUCCAGACUUUGACGAGAAAAUGAAGAGGCUGAAGGCAACAAUUCCUUUACAGUCUCUCGUGGAUCGAUCUAAAUUGAUGAGGGAGAAACUCGUCACGGUGGAAGACUUCAGAAAUCUAGUGGGCAACUCCAAAAACAUCAAAGCAUUCUGUUACUUUGUGCGAUUCACUGAUCCGAGCGAUCCAACGGUGCGAGUCGUCGAGUGUCAGCUUUAUGUGGAGAAUGUUUUCAUCUCGUCGGCAAAGACGAAGAUCGCGCGCUGUUCGAUGCUGGACCUAAGCGAACCCGUCUGGAAAAGGUCACCAGAGAAACAAGACGUCCUUAACGACGCGUACAUCAGAGCCUGGGAGACAUUCAACUCCAAAACUGUGAAUGACAUUUGCACAUCCCAUAGGAUACUCAGAGAAGGUGAGGUUCCAGAGGGUACAUUCAGCUACGUCGGACACGGCGAUGGGAAGUUCAGCCCGACAAACAUUGCGUCGCUGGUGCGCAUGAAACACCCGUACAAGCCAUCAAUUCGGUCGUCCUUAUCAGAUCUUAUUCUCAUGUCCAGUGAUGAUGCGACAAGUUUCCAGAUUCUAAGAAGAAGUUGUAAUCAGAGCGGACUAUUACUGGAGAUGGAAUCACAACUGAAGCAGUUCCUGACCACCAACACAAUCAUAUGCAAGUUGUUUAUCGCCAAAAAAUUUAUAGCUCAGGGGAAGGGUGGCAGCAAAGAGGCAGCUUGGGUAGACUGCUCCAACUCAGCCCUGGAGAAACUGAAGAAAACAAAGUCUUACAUAAAGAUUAAGCCAAAUACAUCAAAAGAACCACUCAUGACGUGGGAGGUGUUUAAGGCACAAGCAGAAAGCUGGUAUACCGCCCAGGGCCUGCCCGACCCCACCCCAGACAAACCUGACCCCAACCCAGACAUCAGUGUGGCAGAGGAGACGCCUCAGAAGACCAAUAAAGCGGUCACUGAGAAUCCAUACCUGUCUGAGCCCUCAAAUAACAAUGUAACAAGUGGUGCUAAUACUAAGAGUGAAGCACCUGUGGUUGCUUAUACAACUAGAAAGGGGUUGGCAGCCACAGAGACCACCCAACCCGUGGAACCUACUGUUAAAGCCACAGUAUCUUCCACCGGUAACAACUUGACAACCCCAGGAGUGGGGGUCUACAACAGUGAGACAGCGGCGGGGGGCAAUACAACCAUCCAAACUUCCAGUCAGUACUCCUUUGACUACACCAACUACAACCCGCAAUUCAGUUUUGUGUACGAUGCACAGGGCUAUUGCUACAUACUGGAUAGCUCUGGUCAGUAUACUCCAUACACUGCUCAGGCCCAUGCUAUGUACUACAAUAUGUACAGUGGUCAGUAUGGUCAGGCAUCAACUGGUCAGUACACAGUUCCAGGCAGUGAGAAUUAUUCCACACAAACAUUUGGGCAGUACGGUACGUGGGGCACAGAUGGGAAUGCAAACCCCCUAGGCGGUUAUGGGCAGACUCCUGGUACCCAGAUGCAAACCACAACUGCACAGCCACCAGCCACCCCCCCUACAAAAGGGCGCUGGGACCUAAGUGUGAAAGUGCCGAAAACAAUGUCAGAAGCUAAAACUGCCCAAAACUACAGAAACUGCAAUGACACUAAAGGGCAGCGUAAGGCGCAUAGGCUUUUGUCAUCUGGUGUACUGGUUCCGCGGAAGGGGAAAUUCAUACACUGGCGCGAACCCUUGGCUCCGGUCAAUAAAAAGGUUCUGAUGUACCUGGAAGACAGGUUGAUAAAGCGGCGAAAAGUGGACACAUUGGAAGAAAUGUACAUCUGUAGCGGGAUGCCGCUGGCAGAACGGCAAGCAUUAGAAAACCUGUGUCUCAAAUAUGAUUUUAAGCUCAUCAUGCACGGAGCAGACCACAAAAUUUCAGUUAUUCGCUGGUUCAGUGCCCAAGAAACAUUCGCCUGUUUAAAGCGCAACAACAACGUCAGCGGGCGCACAAUACUCGUGGCUGAAAAAGGAGUUCCUACUGGGCUAGAAUGAAUCCGGAACUGAAAUUAUAAUUUUUUUUCGUGCCGAAUUAUCGUUGACGCAGUCUCUGUUGGAGCACAUAGGAGUGGAUGAAAUUUGACAGGGCCUUCGAGGACUGACGGUGAAUGUACUAGUUCAGCGUAAUGACUCGGGAACCUCUCACCAAUGCAGUCGCUGUGAGUUCAAGUCCAGCUCAUGCUGGCUUCCUCUUGUCGUACAUAGGAAGGUCUGGCAGCAACCUGAUUC